AUGGCGACAACAGCCAUGGUGGUGUCUCCGUUGGCUUCUCAACCUUCGCCAAAAAAUAAACGCCGUCUCUUCGCUGAAGCGAGACAAAACAGCUUACAAAAACUAAGCGUCAUAUUCGAUCACGGGAAUAAAAAUGGCAAUGGUGGUGAGACUACAUGGUGUUUUAGUCAGGUGAAGGGUACUUUGGAAGACGAUGUUACCGAGGCCGACCUGAUAUCAUGUGUGGAGUUUAAUCAUGAUGGAGAGCUUCUAGCUACGGGGGAUAAGGGUGGCAGGGUUGUUAUAUUUCAAAGAGACCCAGCAUCUAAGCAAUGUGUGCCCAAAAAAGGUGAAUACAAUGUGUAUUCAACGUUCCAAUCCCAUGAACCGGAGUUUGAUUAUCUCAAGUCCUUAGAAAUAGAAGAAAAAAUUAAUAAAAUAAGAUGGCUUAAGAGAAAGAAUCAGGCGCACUUCCUAUUGUCAACAAACGACAAGACCAUCAAACUGUGGAAGGUAUCGGAGCGUGACAAGCGAGUGACUGGUUACAAUACUCGUGAAGAAGGUGGCAGGCCGAGGGAUCCUGCCAGGGUUACCUCGCUCAGGGUACCUACAGUCAGUCCAGCAGACCUCAUGGUUGAAGCCUCACCUAGACGGAUAUUCGCCAACGCGCACACAUACCACAUUAAUUCAAUAUCCCUGAACUCGGAUCAAGAGACCUACCUGUCAGCUGAUGAUCUACGGAUCAAUUUGUGGCACUUGGAAAUAACUGACCAGAGCUUCAAUAUAGUGGAUAUAAAGCCUGCUAAUAUGGAGGAACUCACCGAGGUUAUAACCGCAGCGGAGUUCCAUCCGACUGAAUGCAAUCUCUUUGUAUAUUCUAGUAGUAAGGGUACAAUAAGGCUGUGCGACAUGCGGGCGGCGGCGUUGUGUGACCGUCACGCGAAGCUGUUUGAGGAGGAGGAAGAUCCGCACGCGAGAUCAUUCUUCUCAGAGAUCAUAUCAUCUAUAAGCGAUGUUAAGCUUAGCAAUUCUGGCAGAUACAUGAUGUCUAGAGACUAUUUAGGUUUAAAAGUAUGGGAUAUUAGAAUGGAGACCAAACCAGUAGAAACAUAUCCAGUGCAUGAGUAUCUACGAUCAAAACUUUGCUCACUGUACGAAAAUGACUGCAUCUUUGACAAGUUUGAGUGCUGUUGGAGCGGAGAUGACCAAAGGCUCAUGACUGGAUCAUACAACGGCUUCUUUAGAAUAUUCGAGCGUGGUUGCGGCGCGGGCGCGGCGCCUGCUCGUCGCGGGGAAUUAACAUUGGAGGCGUCACGUGAUGCGGCUGCUACAAGGCCACGACAGCCGCUUAGGGCGAGGAGAGUCGCUGCCACGGCCAAGAGGAAGAAGGACGAGAUAAGCGUAGACUGUUUGGACUUCAAUAAGAAAAUAUUACAUACGGCGUGGCAUCCACACGAGAGCAUCAUAGCUGUUGCGGCGACAAAUAAUCUUUUUAUAUUCCAAGACAAAUUCUAG